AUGCCGCUUUACUCUUGCACAUUUUGUCCGGUGUUCUGCCUCACUCUUAAUGAUUUAGCGCUUCAUUUAUCUAGUGCCCACGAAGGGAGAACAGAAAUUCCUCUCUCACUUGACAAUUCUGAGCACUCUUCUAGUUCUCCGACAAAGGUUUCGCAUAUUCAUGUGACGAUUAUGAAGCAAUCGGCCGGCAUUCAGCCCUCAUUUUCACUCAAAAAAUCUAAUCCAAAUAUGAGUCCGAUUUCUACUGAGUAUCGCUCAUUAUUUGAUGAUCUCGCUUCUGUUGUCAACGCCCCUGCAGCAAAUCGAUGCAGUCCUCCCCAGAGUCCUGUAAGGGAUUUUCGAAACUGCGUCUUAGCAUCUGAUGAUGUCGAUGAUGAUAUCGUUUGCCCGGAAUGUGAUUUCUCAAGCAAGGAUAGAGACGAAGUCAUGCAACACAUAACUGACACACACUGA